AUGGACACCCUCACAGACAUAUACAGAUACACCUAUCCCAAUGCCGUCGACGGCCAAACCGAAGACAUCUCCGGCCACAUGGUCGAUCAAACUGGCAGCGUCAUUGACCCAGAUGGCCUGGCACUCUGCCACAAAGGCAUCGACAGCAAAAAAGGAGUCCUACUGGACGUCGUCGGCGUGUUUUACUACCUCGCCGCUCCGGGCAUCUGGGGCGGUUCCACAGAGACUUCAAGGGGUAUCGAGGAAGCCCUGCACGAGUUCGAUCAGAGGUAUAACGGAGCUGGCAUGCCGAACUUCAAACUGCGGCAGGCAUACUGCUGGUGGAUUGAUAAUUUCUUGGGUACAGUCGAGGAUAAUUAUGGCGCUUGGGUGGACUCGGAGGUGUGGAACAAGCUUGGUGACGAUAAGCUCAACACGGCCUUGACCGCAGCUGACACGCAAUGGGCAAGGACAGACCUAAAGGGCAAUGGCGGUGCUAGUAGGUCCAAGUUCAAGUUCCCACGGGACGCGAGCGGUGGUGGUAUCUACAAUGCUUGA